AUGACCGACGCAAUCGAACGACAGAUCUUGGAAGGCGUGCCUCUCGAAUCAGCUCUGGCCUCUGGCAGCCGGACACCUCCUCGCACGCCCUCUCCCAGCACUUCGGAUGAGCUGGGAUCCGAUCUCGACGACGAUCAGAGGCAGAGCAGACGGAAAGACGCCGAUGGAGCCAUACAAAGCCAUUCGGAGGUACCCAUCGACAGGCCCGGCGCAAACACGGGACCCAAAGGUGUCAGAGCUGAUGCGCGAGCUGCUGAAGGCGCGGCGAGAAAGGUACGGGACGGCGCGGUUCAGGAGAGGAGCGCGCGCAUAGAAAGCGGCGCCUUGAACAGCCAGCUGACGUCGCACGAGGAGGACGCGCUGAGACGCCAAGAAGCGGCAAUUGGGGGCAAGGUGACCACUGCGACGAGCGGCGCAAGGGAAGCGGAAGCGCAGGAGCUGGAGAACCUACGAGCAGCGCGUAUAGCCGAGCUUCGCAGAGCCCAAAAGGUGGCUGAUGAGAGACGCAAGAGACGCUUAGCGGGCGAAGACGAGGAUGUGGAAGCUUUGGCAGAGAAUCUGGCGGAGCUGCAAAGCGACGCAACAGGCCCCGCACUGGUUGUGCCCCAAUCGGGACUUGGCGGACUGCCACGCAAACCUGCUUCUAGACGCACAGGCUUUUUCGGACAUUUGAGAGAGGUGGAUCAGGAUGGAUAUGCGGACGCAAUCGAUCGAGAAGGCCCCACGACCAGCGUCGUGGUGCAUUUGUAUGAAAAGGUGAGUGCAUUGAUUGGAGGUGGUGGCAAGAGUGAUCAAUUGGUCAUUUGCGAUCCUUGAGCCGUUGCACGCAGCACCUCGAUGUGACUUGCAAUGACUGGAUGGCCUGACCUUGACAACGCAUCUCUUCAUUCUAGGGAGUCCCUGCUUGCGCUAUCCUCACCGCAUCUCUAGCUUCUCUCGCACGGCUACAUCCGCACACAAAGUUCUUGCAGGCAUGCGCCUCGGCUAUCGGAUUCGGCAGUGGUAGGACAGACUCGACUCAGGAGGAGGACGAAGAUGAAGAAGAUUUUGCAGAAAGAAUCGGCAACGCCAUCGAUUUGUCGCCCACGCUAUUGAUCUAUCGAGCGGGUGCGGUCGUUGCGAACUUGGUCCGCCUAGAUCUGGACAGCGAUUGGAAUGGAGGAGAGGAAAAGGCUGUGAGGGAUAUUCUGCUCAAGUGAGUAAUUGCAUGUAAAGCAAAGUGCGAUUCGAGACAUGAGCUGAGCGUGCCGAUCUUUCGCUGCCUUGCUAUAGACAUGCCGCUAUCUCCGCCUAA